AUGCCGCAGCUCACCGACACGUGCGUCAAGAAUGGUGGCUCCCAUUUCCUGGCCGAGAUUGCCUCUCGCGAGUUCAUGGACAACAUGGUAUCGCUUCUUCAAGCUGUCGGAGCAGGUGCAGUCAAUGCCGAGGUCAAGUCCAAGAUCCUUGAGUUCAUUCAGUCUUGGGCCGGAGCCACUGAAGGCCGCUAUGAGCUCUCGUAUAUCGGAGAAGUGUACCGAACACUCCAGCGCGACGGCUAUCAAUUUCCACCCAAGAUUGCGGUUGCGAGCAGCAUGAUCGACAGUAACGCGCCCCCGGAAUGGGCCGACUCAGAGGUUUGCAUGCGGUGCCGCACCGCCUUUACCUUUACGAACCGAAAGCACCAUUGCCGCAACUGUGGAAACUGCUUCGACCAACAGUGCUCGAGCAAGACUGUUGCGCUUCCUCAUCUUGGAAUACACACACCGGUUCGGGUCGACGACGGUUGCUAUGCGAAAGUCACCGGUAAGGGCUACAAGGAGCUAGGUCCCUUGCAAGAUCGCUCGCCUACAUACCCGCACAAGACCAAGAGCACCACAGCUAUGCAGCCGCGCAAUGCUCGUGUCGAGGACGACUUUGACGAAGACAUCAAGAAGGCUCUGGCUAUGAGCUUGGAGGAGGUCAGCGGCCCGACCAAGGGCAAGGUUUCCUUGCCAAUCAACGGUAACAAACCCAACGACUCAGCUACCGCGAAGCAAGCCGAGGAGGAAGAUGCCGACCUGUGCGCUGCGAUUGCUGCAUCGUUGGCCGAUAUGGAAGAGCAGAAGCAAAACCACAGUGCUGCGCUGAAGCAGCAAACCGCACCACCUUCCGGGACCACGGCCAACACAUUUACCAUGCCCAAGAACGAGUACGAACUCACCCCCGUCGAAGCCGAAAACAUCAACCUAUUCUCCACGUUGGUCGACCGCCUUCAGACGCAGCCUCCCGGCACGAUUCUUCGAGAACCCCAAAUCCAAGAACUAUAUGACAGCAUUGGCACGCUGCGGCCGAAGCUCGCCCGCACAUACGGCGAAACGAUGAGCAAGCACGUGAGUAUAGACGCAUUACUCGAUUUGCAUGCUAAACUGUCAACUGUUGUGCGAUACUACGACCGGAUGCUUGAAGAGCGGCUAUCUAAGGCGUACAGUCAACAACAUCUCGGUUUCAGUCCAGCUCCUGUCCGCCACCAUGCCGGGCCGUAUCCAUCCAUCUCGGCACAAAAUACGGGCAGCGCGCACGGAGAGUCUUUCUACACUGGGCAACAGCCAGCUUACCCGUCCAUGCGAAACCCCAAUCUACAUCAAGCACAACCAAACCAGCCCCAGUUUGCACCAUAUGGCGCAAGACCUGACUUGGCUCAGGGUCGUUAUCCAUCGAUGCCGCAGCAGACAGAACCGAACCCGAUGCAGGCAUCACAUCAGCCUCACAUGUCACCGUCUGCCGAUCCGAAUUUGGCGUAUUAUGCCAAUCCUAGCGCGCCUCCCCCAGUGCAAUCUCCGUCCGGCCCAUCAGCACCCGGCCCUGUGCCAGAUGCUACGCAGUCACCAUACCCUAACCUCCAACAAAUGCAAUACAACCGCGGAUCAGUAUCAUCUCAGACACAGAGUACCCCUGUGCCAGCGCAAGCGCAGCCGUCUCAACCGCCUCCCCAGACACAGCAACCUCCUCAGCAAGCUGUGCCGAGAACCCAUCAGCAGCCCUACUGGCAGCAGGCGGCCCACACGCCGGCGCCGGCGCCAUCGCAACCGGCCCCUCAGAGCUGGGGAUACGCUGGGCAGCUCCCCUCUGUCCCGCAGCAUGAGCCCGCGAGGCAACAGCCCGCACAAGAGGAAGCACUUAUCGAACUGUACCGUGGGCUAGCGGCCAAGGUUCGUAUUGGUCCGGGUUCCGUAACCGCAACAAGAGAAAUCCCCUCCGCGGUGGGGGGGAAGGUCGCGAUCGGAGCAAGUCCAGUCACUGACGAGGCCGUCUUCGGCUGUGGUUUGUAA